AGAAGUAAUUUGUAUUGUUUUAAUCAGAUAGAUUUAAGCAUUAGUAGAGUUAAGUCACAACGCUGUAACGUUCUUAAAAUAAAUUUUUAAAAAAGCCUUUUCAUCUUUCAAAUCUAUAACUGGCGCAGUCGACGGAGUUCUAAGUCGAACAAUAUCCGACAAAAAUCGCGGAAUUGGUCCGUUUUUACGGUUUAUCGGCAAUCGCGAACCUUGUGAAUUUACGAAGAGGCAGCACCCAGGAGGAAGUCAAACUUCGACCAAAUCUAUUGGGAGAAGAGCGUUCAGCAACGGUCCAACUUCGACCAACCCUAGAUUAGGCUUGGGAACACAAGCAUCGGUUCCUAUAGGCAACGUAGUCUAAGAGAAUGCAGCUUUUCAUCGCUGGAUUUUUGCUAUUGUCCCUCAACAUCAAACAUGCAAGACCUGACGUAACAUUUCAUGACGUAUCCAAGAACCCCGGACUUUUACCAAUGAAAUUAGGAAACUCGCAAAACAUAAUUGAUUACUGGACUUUCAUUCAAAUUUACGACAUCAACCCUAUUAUCAGUCAAUACCUCAUAAUGCAAAAAACUAUAUACGACUUAGAAAAAAACAUAGAAAACUGUUCUUUAUAUAAAAAAGAAUAUUUUAAUUCAUACAAUUUAGCUUCAACCUUAAAAGAAAAAAUAAAAAAUCAAAUACUUCAAAUAAAUCCAUUCUCUCUUAAAACUCGCGAAAAAAGAGGCCUUAUAAAUGGAUUAGGCAGUAUUGUCAAAAGUAUAACCGGCAAUUUAGAUAAUGAGGAUGCUCAGCGCUAUGAUUCAGCAAUAACUUCAAUUAUGCAAAACGAAAAUAAUAUAAAACUUUUAAUGCAAGAACAAAUUACCAUAAUAGAUAAUUCUAAUAAACUUUUUCAAAAACUCUCAAAGAAUUUAACUUCCAAUCAAAAUAUUUUGGAAUCACAAAUAAAAGAAAUUCAAAUAGAGGUCCAAAGACUUAACAAAAUCAGUUUUGAAGAUAAGCAUUUCUUUCUUUUGCAAACAAUUCUAUCUCAUGCUACCACAUUCUUACAAGAAAUGUAUGAUGUCUUAGAAGAUCUUCAAAUAGCAAUAACUUUUUCAAAACUAAAUACCUUUCAUCCAUCGAUCAUUAGUCCAAAAGACUUAUUCAAGGAAAUUCAAUUAAUUUCUACGAGUUUAACAUCCGGUAAACUCCCAUUUGAUCCAACUUUUAAAAAUGUAUUUCUUUUUGAGAAAGUCCUUAAUAUAAAAAGUUACGCAAAGGAAAACAAAGUCAUAUUUAUCAUUGAAAUGCCGAUCGUAGAGAAGAACAGUUAUCUACUGUACCACCUUUAUCCUCUACCUACACCUUCAAAAACCUUCCACGAUGUAAUAUUUCCGCAAACCAAAUACCUAAUCCUUAAUGAGCUGAAUUAUGCAAAAUCCAACCAACCAUGCAGGAAAAUCACCACCAACGAAUACGUUUGCCAAGACUUUAACCCCUUGCCUAUAGACGAAGAUGCAUCUUGCGAAGUACAGAUGCUAAAAUUUAGAGAAUCAAUAUCCCAAUGCCAGCAGACGAAAAUCCAAAUUACCACCAACAAAGCAGAAAAACUGGAAGAAGGAAAAUGGAUGCUAAUCGUACCUCGACCUCUUGCAGCUAUCCAGACUUGUGGUUCCAAUAAAGACAAUAUCCCAUUAAAUGGCACCUACAUCGUAGAACUGGAUUCUACUUGUGAACUUCGUGUCGGAAACAUUGUCAUCAAAAAUUACAAGGAUCCAGAAACCCAUUACAAAAACAUCGAACUACCUCAAAUCAACCUAUCACCGCCUAGCAAUGAAGCUACACCAAUUCUCUUUAAUAAUUUGGAAUUAAGCUCACUGGACCUAAAUGAAGCCAAACAUCUUCAUAAAUCCAUCGAGAUUCAGCAUCAAAGACUUGACCGGGCCCUGAACCAACCUGUAUACUACCACAGAACCAGCAUUUAUACCGUAUUACUUUAUAUUCUGCUAGUAGCAAUAAUUAGCUACUUUAUGGUGCAGAAAUUCCUGAUGCCAAGAAUAUCUAAGAGAAGCCUACAUCCAGACGAAUCUAUGACGAAAUCCUGUUCAGAAAUCGUCAUAUAACCACCUCACCACUCCUGUACCAUCCGUAAGCUCGUUUCUUAGGAGGGAGGAGUUAUGGAACAUAUAACCCCUGACUAUAGUAUAUUUUAUUCCUUAGUUUAUAGAAUAUGAUCUUUUACAUUGUAAUCAUUUUUACUUUAGCUAAGAAGUAAUUUGUAUUGUUUUAAUCAGAUAGAUUUAAG